CGAAAGAACCCUGACGGCGUCCAAUGAAUCCAGUUUACUUUCUGAAGUCACGAGAGGAAAUUUUGCCUUCAUCAAUAUGGCUUUAUCACUUAAAUGCCAAGACUACAAGGAUCCAAGAUUUUUGGACGAUACAAUAAUUAAUCGCGUUAACAGUUUUGUUACUUUGAAUGAAGGCGAGAAAAAAUUAAAUACUGCUCAUUUGGAAAAGGUGAUCAAAGAGGGCCUAAUACCAUUGAUGAAGAAAGAAGACACCCUUUUUGAAAAAAGGUACAAAUCAAUUAUGUAUGGAGGGUCCUACUAUAAGCAAACAAAAGUAGGCAAACCGGAAGAAUAUGACCUUGAUGUAAUUAUAUGCUUGCCUUGGAGGGAGGAGACCUUGAGGUUUGAAACUCCUCAAAACAAGCCUGGUUUUGUCAAAAUACAAUUAACGGAAAUCAGCAAACUGCCCGAUUGGGAUAUUUAUCACAAACAAGCACUGGCAAAGUUAAUUGAUCCAAAAAAUUAUGUAGAUCAAAAUAAAUUUCGGGUCUGGAUGGAAAGUGUUGUGGCAAAAACACUAAAUCGGUUACCAAAAGACGCUUCGUUUGGUAGAAAUGGUAGACUACUAAAUGUUGGUGGUGUAACCUACAGGAUUUCUACGAAAAAGAGUGGUCCUGCAUUCACGUUUAUGAUCAAAGUUCCACAAGGCCAUGUAAUCGACGUGGAUUUAGUGGCUUGUCUAGAAUUUUCGGUUCCACCCCCAAAACGAUACAAGGGUUUUAAGGGUGAAAAGAAAAAAUGGUUGGCUAUUCCAAAACCGAUAACAGAAGAAAAUGGAAAUUUGAUGUGGAGACUUUGUUUCUAUCAAUAUGAAAAAGAAAGAUUAAAAGGACCUAUGAAAACUGUAAUAAGAUUAUUAAAGAAACUCCGAGAUACGGAAAAUUGGAAGAAUUUUGCUAGUUAUUAUAUUGAAACACUAGCCCUACACGAAUUGGAAUCUCAUGAUUCAAGCUUAGGACAAUUACCCCUAACGUGCAUAUUCAUGCAUAUGCUAAGACGCCUACGCGAUACAGCGAAGCAACAUUCACUCCCAUUUUUUUGGUGUAAGGAAUUUAAUUUAUUGGAAAGACUGUCAGUAAAAGAAAUGCAAAAUAUUGCUUUUCGGUUAAUACAGAUAGUUUCUAAAAUUGAAAGAUUGUACGAAUCUGAUCGUUACAUUAUCGCUAGUUUUAUAUUAAAACCAGAGGAAUUGUCACAAUUGAAAUCACAAAAUAUUCAAUUUCCCCUGGGAAUACAAUCCAUAAAACCAAUAUUUGAUACUCAAACUUCAGAAAUUACAGGGUCUUUUGAUUUGAAGAAACAUAAAGAAAUCAAGAAACAACUGGAAAGUCCUUGGAAUAUUUCGGCUUCAAAGUUAAUGGCGUCUUUCGUUGUUUCGGGAAAUACACGCCUUGAUAACCAAAUUUCGGCCGCAGAAGGCGUUCUGGCUUUUCACACAAUCAUGCAUCAUCAAAGUUUGAAGUCGAUCGACUGCGCAAACAAUUUGUUACAUUCAAUCUUUUCAGAUUCUCCAAUUGCUAGAAGAAUGUCGUGCGCAAGAAUUAGGACGGAAGUGAUUGUUAAAGAAGUAAUAUGCCCGCACACGAUUGACAUUUUUUUGAAAGAUUUGAUAAAAAUCCCCUACUUAAGCGUCAGUACUGACAGCAGCAACCAUGGCAAUAAGAAAAUCUUUAUCGUCGUGAUUCAGUAUUUCGAUCAUUUAAAAUGUGGCAUUCAAACGCGUUUGUUAGAUUUGAGAGAAACAUCAGACGAAACGGCGAAUACAAUUGCGACACUGCUCAAAGAACUUUUGGAAAAAUACGAACUAACGGCUAAAUUAACAUCAUUUUCCGGAGGUCAUACGAAUACUAAUUUUGGAGGGUUAAAUCGUGGAGAGAAGACAAACGUUUAUCAGAUUUUGAAAUUGAAUGUUAAUUCUGAACUGCUCGGUAUCGGUUGUCCUGCGCUCAUACUGAAUAACGCCUUGUAUCACGGCUUUGAUCAGUGUACUUUAUUUGAUGUUGAUUCAUUGUGCGUGAAAAUUUACAAUCAUUUCUCGAUUUACACUGUACGAACAAAAGAAUUGGAAAGUUUCACUGAUUUUGUGGAAGUUGUUUACAGGCCUUUAUUGUGCCAUAGUAAAAACAGGUGGCUUAGUCUUUUGCCUGUUGUUCAGAGAAUCUUAGAGGUGUUUCCGGCACUUAAAACAUAUUUCCUUUCCGUAGAAAAGUCACCUAAAAUACUUAUCAAAUUUUUCCAGCACAAUUUUGCGGAAUGUUUUCUUUUUUUUGUUCAUUCAUUAAUGUCAGUGUUUAGCAAAAAAGUCAAAAUUUUAGAAAAAGAGCGUAACAGCGUGAUCGAAGUUAUAAAUGUAGUAGAUGGUGUUGCGCAAAAACUUCGCGAUCGAAUCGAGUCCAAGUUUUUGCCACUGAAUGUCAAAACUUGUUUAACAAAACUGCGACAAGAAGGGAAAGAUAAGGAAUGUGAUGAAUUUGUCGACGAGGUCAUUAACAUUUACCGCGAAACAGAAGAUUAUCUAUUAAAAGGGACAGAAUCUAUAUCUGAAUUCCGGAUUUUCAAAUGGAUAGAUUUCCAAAAAUCACGACCCUUCAGUUACGACGAUCUCGAGGAUACACUUAAGUUUUUGUCAGCAAAAAAUAUUUUUGUCGAUGAUACCAAAUUAUUCGACCAAGCGAUGGAUCUUAAAAGAUUCUUAGAGAGCAAACGCGAUGAUUCGGAAUAUUUUGCAAACAAUUCCAAUGAUAAAAUUUGCGAAUUUUUCGCAUCCAAUACAAACUUUGACGACUUUUCGGAAUUUUUAAAAAUUGUUCAAUACCUUUUUUCAGUUCCUGGGCACAAUGCCAAUUGUGAGCGUAUAUUUUCAUUAAUGGCGAGUCAAUGCACCGACGAGUGUAACAGACUCUCCGCAAAUGCUCUUCGUCAUCUGUUAAUGUUAAAAUACAAUUUGAAAGAAUUUUCAUGUCAAGCUUUUUAUCAGUAUUUAUUGAAGUCAGAAAAUGUAAAUCUGCUGAGAAAAAUUGAAAGUUUGAAUCAAUAUACUUGA